UUGGCUCCAAUUAUUUCACGCCGCACGUCUCUCCGGGACAAAACUGCCACCAACGCGAGAUGUUCCGAAUUUUGAUUGCCGCGUUGCUCCUUUGCAUUGCUCAGUCCGACUCUUCCCAGGAGUUUUUGUCUGUCCCAAAAGUGGAGAACGAUGCGACCCAGCCAGAGGCGCUGAAGAGUGGUGCCGUGACAGUCGCGGAGGUGAAGGAGAUCGAGUUUGACGCUGCCUCCAAUCCAUACAUCGCGACCAGCACCACGGCUGAGUGUUUGGCGUUGAUCUUCAUGAUUGUGGCCUGUGUAAUUUGCUACCUGGAGUGUUGCAAGUGAGCAGCGAAGCUGGUAAGAGCUGCCAUGUGCAGUGAGGCCAAUGGCUACAGUAUGCUACAGUGCUACAGUCAAAGUAUUGGCCUCUUGUCCCCAAAGUCAA